AAAAAAGAGAUUUUGGGUUUUCUUUCUUUUUCAUUUUCUAAGGUACAUUUUUUUAUACAUAUAUAUAUAUAUAUAUACACCUAUAUAUACAGGAAAAGCAAAGCAAAAGUUUUUAGCUUAUUUUUGCUUUCUGGGAUAUGCCAUGGAUAUAUCUACGGCAUUGUUGCUUUUAUCGGCCGUCACUGCUUAUCUUUUGUGGUUCACCUUCAUCUCACGGUCGUUAAAGGGUCCGCGUGUAUAUCCCUUAUUGGGUAGUCUUCCUGAUUUGAUUGAGAAUAGUGAUCGCUUGCAUGACUGGAUCUGCGACAACCUCCGCGCGUGCGGUGGCACGUACCAGACCUGCAUCUGUGCAAUUCCGUUUCUCGCUAAGAAGCAAGGUCUCGUGACUGUCACGUGUGACCCGAAAAAUAUAGAGCAUAUCCUGAAGACCCGGUUUGAUAAUUACCCCAAAGGUCCGACGUGGCAGGCUGUGUUUCAUGAUUUUCUCGGAGAAGGGAUCUUCAACUCGGAUGGCCAAACGUGGCUGUUUCAGCGUAAGACUGCUGCACUUGAAUUUACCACCAGGACUCUGCGCCAAGCCAUGGCUCGCUGGGUGACCCGAGCCAUAAAGUUGAGAUUCUGCCCAAUUCUUGAAGCCGCCCAGCUCAAUGCUGAGCCGAUUGAUCUUCAAGACGCACUGCUUCGGCUCACGUUCGAUAAUAUAUGUGGCUUGGCUUUUGGGAGGGACCCACAAACAUGCUCGCCGGGGCUGCCAGAUAACAACUUUGCUACGGCUUUUGAUCGAGCCACUGAAGCCUCUCUUCAACGGUUUAUUUUGCCUGAAGUAUUGUGGAAGCUAAAGAAAUGGCUUCGGCUGGGCAUGGAAGUUAGCUUGAGCCGAAGCCUAACCCAGCUUGACGACUACCUAACGGCGGUGAUAGAUGCACGUAAAAAAGAGUUAUCAAACCAAAAAAAUGACGGAAACCCACACGACGAUUUGCUCUCAAGAUUCAUGAAGAAAAAAGAAUCCUACACAGACACUUUUCUUCAACACGUGGCACUCAAUUUCAUCCUUGCUGGACGUGACACGUCAUCAGUUGCUCUCAGCUGGUUCUUUUGGUUGGUCAUCCAAAAUCCAUGUGUGGAAGAGAAAAUAUUGACUGAAAUAUGCACUGUCCUAAUCGAGACACGUGGCGAUGACGUGUCAAACUGGUUUGAUGAGCCGUUAUGUUUUGAAGAAAUUGAUAGCUUGGUUUACCUAAAAGCAGCAUUAUCAGAAACCCUAAGGCUGUACCCAUCUGUGCCUGAAGACUCUAAGCAUGUGAUCGCCGACGAUGUUUUGCCGGACGGAACAUUCGUCCCGGCAGGAUCGUCAGUGACGUAUUCCAUAUAUGCAACGGGGAGGAUGAGGUCAACUUGGGGUGAUGACUGCUUGGAGUUUCGUCCAGAAAGGUGGUUAUCUCCCGAUGGAAAAAAGUUUAUAAAUCAUGAUUCAUAUAAAUUUGUAGCAUUUAAUGCAGGGCCAAGAAUCUGUUUAGGGAAAGAUUUAGCAUACUUGCAAAUGAAGUCGGUGGCGGCAGCGGUUUUGCUCCGGCACAGGUUAACGAUUGUACCAGGGCAUAAGGUAGAGCAGAAAAUGUCAUUAACAUUGUUUAUGAAAGAUGGGCUUAAAGUUAACGUGCAUAAGAGGGAUUUGGAGGGAAGUGUAGCAAGACUGAUUAAGAAGGUGAAAGAAGGAGAGUUAUUGCAUGGGAAUAAUAAAAAAAACAAUGAAGGAAUAGGCGUUAGAUGUAACGGCGUUAGCGGUGGUGGUGGUGGGACUGGCGAAGAGGUGGUAGUUGGUGUUGUUUAAGGUUAUUGGUGAGUUUGGUGGUGGGUAUUUAAGGAGAUGGAUCGUACUGCAUGUGAUACUGAGGAAAGAAGAGUCUUUGAAUUGAAUUGAAUUGCAUGUGGGGAAGGGCAAGUAUAAGGCUUAACUGUGAUUUAUGUUUCUCACGAGUGUUUUGAAGACACAGAAAUUAAGUUAAUAGAGCUACAACUUAUAUUAUACAUACUAUUGUCAUAAACCAUCACAUAAUUUAAGUUUUAUUAUUUCAGAGAGAGAGAGAGAGAGAGAGAGAGGGGAAAGAGAAGAGUAGAGUGGGUUUUUAAACUAACUCUUGCUUUUAGUGGGCAGUCAUUGUGAAAUUUUAUAAAUUCUUUAUUUAUGUUAUUGUUUAUUUAUAAUUUGGGCUUUCAACUGUUGGUUGGAUCUAAUUAAAAUUCGCAAGUGCUUUUUAAAGGAUUGGAUACGAGAAUAGUUAAUGCUCUUCAAUU